AUGUUGUCUAAUGAGGGGAGCCGAUCACCCAGUUCGCAAGUGCCUUUGUACUUAUGGGGCAAUUCCAAGGUGUAUAAGAAAAUAUUUGUGGCUAAUCUGUAUCGUGUCACGACUGAGACUCACUUCCAGAAGUGGUGCACCACAUAUGCUAUUGCCAUACCCAAUGAUGUGCAUGUCAAGCUGGAUGCGUCUUUAACUGACGAUGUGCCUCGCGUGGAUCCGAACGAUCCAGACGCCCAAAUUAUCACAUUCUUUACCUUAUACUUCUCCUUGGGAUUUACAUUCCCAUUGUCAAGGGUCUCCAGGAAGGUGUUUUAUGUCAUGGAGUGUGCCCCAAUCCAAUGUACUCUAAAUGUGUACAGGGCGAUUAUCUAUUUUGAUCAUGUGAACUACUUUUUCAAGCUGGAUCUAACAGUGCAAGAGUUCUUUUACUUCUUUGAGUUGUUUGACAGUCUCAGCCAAGGAGAUCACGUAUGGCAUGCCGAUGUGUUGGAGGUGAGUGAAAGGUGGGAAGGCGAGGUAGGCGACGGUCCACUUGUUCCUAUCACCUACUAUGAUGAGAAUGAUAUUAGCAAGAAACUGGAUCUUGAGCCGGACAAAGCUAAGGUGCGCUGGGCCCUGAACAUCCCCUUGAGGUUUCUCGAAUGGCGUUGGCUGUUGAGGGAGUAUCUGAAUAAGGCUGGUGAUCUGCCCCCUACUAAGAAUGUUGAGAGAUGA